CUUUCGUACUCAUUUCCGCAUUAUGCUGUCAAAAUAUGUAUUUAUAAUUUACAGGUGUAAAUUUAUCAUUUGAAUUUUCUACAUUCAACAAAUAGAAGCAUGAACCCGAACAUGCGUCCCCCAGGGUUCAUGCCCUCAGGGCCACAGCAGAUGAUGAUGCCCCAGGGGAACAUGAUGAACACUCAGAUGCCAAUGAUGGCAGCACCUGUUAUGAAUAAUCAGAUGGCAGGAAUGAGGAUGCGACCAAAUGUUGCCCCACCAUCCUACAAUCAGGCUUUGAACCAAAGUCAACAAGCAUACAUGAGACCACCAGGACAGCAAAGAGUCAGGCCUAACACCGGGCAGGGUCGACCAUCAGAGAAGGAGAAAUAUUUCAUGCAACAGCAGGCCAAACUAAAGCAGUUUGGCAAGGCAGGGGCCUCAGCUAGCUCUCUAGAUCCUACUAAACUGGUUGACUCUGUGUUUGGUACAUCCUCAACACCUAAGCCUUCACCACCAAAACCUACAGCAAGCAGUGUGGAUGACGGGUUUGGAGAUUUUCUUGGGGGACCAAGUACGUCAGGCAAUUUGAACCCCACUGGCAACAUUGUAUCAAGUCAUCAAGGCAACAUAGCCCCUGCACGAGGCCUCACAGAGGUCAUGGGUCAACCUGGUGUACAGGGGCCCAGCACAGGGAACACUAGUCAUGCUCCAGCUACAAUAGCAACCAGUCCCACCAGUAAAACUCAAACAAAAGACCUCACCAAGAUGAUGAUGGAGAGUUGUGACCUGACAGCGCCAUCAAAGACGCAGGGAUUCCAGAAAAGGACGCUACGGGAGAUUGACCCCAUGGAGCAGCCCCAUGUGGGGCCCCACAUGCACCAGGCAAGCCGGUGCGCUCGUACCUGGAAUGACAGUGAGGAACUUACACAGCUCUUCUCUUCUGAAGAGAUUAAGCAGCGUGAAGCUGCUCAGAGGAGAGUGGUGAAAGCUCAACCACCAAGACAGAGGCGCCUGAGUCGACCGCCGGCCUGGCUUACUGAAUCCACCCAACAACAUCCCAUCUAUAGGCAGGUUCACGAGGCUUGCUCAGUUGAUGGUGAGAUCAGCACAGAGCGCUUGUAUCCAAUCCUGAUGAUGAGUGGCCUACACAAGGAGUUGCUAGGUAGACUGUGGGGCAUUUGCAACCGUGUAACCCCGGGCCAGCUCACUGAGCUUGAACUCACACAGCUAUUGGCAGUCAUUGCAUUAACACAGAACAACAUGAUGGUGGAGACAGUGGAAAUGUUGUUCCAAGUACCACAGUGUCCUGUACCAUUUCUGCAAGCUGGCGGUCCCCAGCCCUCUGGACCAACCCCCAGUGAGCCGGGCACCAGUAAUGUGGCCCAGCAUGCACACGUGACAUCAGUCUCGUCCCAAAGUGCACCUAUGCUGGGAACUGGCUCUGUGGCCCAGCCUGCCCCACCUCAGUCAGGUCCCUUGUUCCAGGGAACUAGUGGCAUGCUUGCUAUGCCUGGCUUUGUGAACACUGGAGUAUUGGCACAUUCUGCAGGCAUGCCAAUGUCAACACCUAACAACAGUCAACCAGUUAUGAGUCAGGAAACCAGUACAUUAGUAGCAGGGCCUCAAAUGCACCAUACCCAAGUGGGGUUGACAACUAGUUUCCAUGGCAACCAGUCAUCUGCCCCCGCCACCCUGACAGUCACCCAGCUGCCCACUGGGGGAGUAACACCAGGGGGGUCCAGCAAUGUAGUGGAUGAUGAUGACUUUGCUGACUUCCAGGCUGCCCCACCCACCCUUCAGACGCAGACUACUCCUCAGAAACCACCAGAGAGACUUGGAGCAAGUGUUCAGACAACAGCGCGCUCAGUAGGUGUGGGUAUGUCACCAGAACACCUCAAGUCCUCAACUGUCGAGAGCUUCUUUGGCAUGGGCAGUGAUGACUCUUCGGAGAGUAAGUGCAACACCACUGCCAGUCCUGAUGAUGACUACUUUGAUGGCUACAAGUCAGCAGACAGCAAACCCUCAGACAGUACAUUCAGCACAGACCAGUCAGACAACGAUGACUUCAGGAACUUUGAGAACUAUCUGGAUGAGUUCCAGAAGAAGAAAGAGGACCAGGAUAAGGAGAGCCCUCUACAUAGGCCCAUCUCGAAACAUGUGAGCAAAGCCACCCCUGGGAACACACCCACUCCUCCGAAGAUUGCUCCUUUGCCUCUUAAGAGCCAGACACCACAGCAAGGCAACAUUGGGAUGAACCAACAGAUAAAUAAAAGGCCUGUAGUUCCACAGGUGGUUCCCAAACAGCCUAGCACUGAUGAUGACUUUGCCGAUUUCCACUCUGCACCAUUCCCUUCCACCGCAAAUGCUUCUGCCAACAAGACUGCUACUCCAGUUAGAGAUCUCAUUGGGGAUGAAGACAAGUAUGCUGAAUUGAGGAUGCUGGAUUUCUCCACAGAGUUAUCUGCCCCUACAACAGAGACAGAAGUAGUUAGCACAGCUCCUGAUGAUGGAGAUGAUGGCUGGGCUGAUUUUAGUGCAAGCCCUGCAAAUUCAACAGACAAUGCUGCCAUUUCAAGUACAGGACAUUCAAAGAACUCUGCUGCCUUAAUGGAUGCACCAGCAACAGGCUCUUCAAGCACUUUAGGAAUAAUGCCUGACAACACAUUACCAAGCGGUGGCAGUGGUCAUAGUUCAGUGAAUCAUGAUUUAAGUCAAAAUGCUGGAAACACUAUAACUGAUGAAGGAGACUGGGCUGACUUUCAGGAUUUCAAUUCUUCAGCUCCUGUUAGCAACAAUCCACCUUCGGAGAGUACCCAGCAGGCAUCUGGCUCCGAUAUGGUCAAUGUUAAGAAGAAUAAACUCAAUCCUGAUGAAAUAUUGGGUUUGUUUAAAAUGAAAGCAGAUCCAGCACCCACAGUGAAAAGCAGGGAUGAUGAUUAUACACCCCAGUUGGUCCAAGACAGUGGUCCUAUAGAAACCACUUCAUCAGUGUGUAUGGAAAGGCUUCAUGGCAUACCAAAGUCUGCUAGCACUCCAGAGGUUCUGGAGUCUAGAACACCCUCAGAUGUUAAAACAUUGGAGCCUGAUGAUGAUCAUCUGUUUGGACCGCCACCAAUGGAUGACUUCGGUGAGGAAGAGAAUGAUGACUAUUCCAGGGGUUAUGAUUUUGAUGAUUUUAUGAAGCAUAAUAAUGAAGAAAAGAAGAAAAUGUAUGGCUUGUAUGGAGCAAACAACACAUUUGUUGUUUCAGGGCACAAAAAGACGACAGGUGAUCUCAGCAAAAGUAAAUCCACAGGUGAACUGAAAAGCAAAGCUAGUGAUCCAAACCUUCAUGAAUCAGACUAUGACAGCGACAGUGUCGCAUCCAAAGAUUUUGACCUCUUUAAAGGGAAACUUGGCAUAAGCCAGCACAAGGAAGACUCCCAGUCUGUAGCAAGCCUUGAAUUCAUCAGUAACAAGAACAUACAGGGUGUGAAAGGAGAUGACUCUCAGUCCCAGUCCAGUAACGAGUGUGUGGGCACGGAGGGAAGUGUGGAUGGUAAGGAGAUCAUCCCUCCAUCCAAGUCUCUGGACAGUCUGGACCUGAGGAAGGAGGAGGAGGUGUCCAGCGAUGGUCAGGACAAUGCCAGUCUUGGCAAGCCCAGUGGUCAAGAUGGGGAGCAGAAUGGGUCUGCUGGAGGUCAGGUUGCUUGGGAUGUUGAGAGUACUGUCGAGAAAGGAGUUGAGGUGGAGGUUGCCAGCAGCCUGCCAGUGCUCGGAGACAGAUACAGUGCCAUACUGCCACCAGAACCUUCAUCAGGAGACAAGCCUAGCUUGGAGUGGGGUCGUUGCCUGGACAGCUGUCUGCGGAUGAUAUGUCAGACAAAUGAUGUUUUCAACUCCAUCAGCAGCUCAGACGUGUGUAAUGAGGUCAUUGCUUCUCAGCAGGGGGCAGAGUACAUUGAAGGGGUGAUCGAAAUCUACAGAGUUGUGUGCAAGAUUACAGAAGCGAUAAAGAAAACAGGUAUGGGGAAUGAGAAGCUGGGUGGAAUGCUGAAGGAGAUAGACCUUGCCUGGAACAACCUCACAGCCUUCCUUGUCGGGGGAUCUGUCAUGCCUGACCCUGCUAGCCUGGACUACAGUGGUUGCUAUGAUGAGGCUGCUUCAUGUGGACUGUGCCUGCUUAGCGUUGAGAGGGGCAAGAGCGGGGCAUUGGCCAUGCUCUCUUAUGCAGGGAACCAGUACCACACUUCCUGUGCAAACUUUUGGAUCAACUGUGUCGACUCCUGCCUACCUGCACUUAAACCUCCCCAACUGCUUUGAUGUGUUAUUCGUCCAUGGGAUGGAAAAGUAGUUCUGUGUUGGUGUUGUUAUUAAGAGAAAUCUGUGGUUAUGGUGUUAAAUGAUAAACAAAUUGAGGUUAAAAAGUGUCAUAAUUGCUGCAUCAGGUUUCUAAUCAUAAAGUGUUUAGACUUACAAAAAUAUACGUUCAUUUUCUGUACAGAAGUUGGACAAUAAUGUUUAUAAAGACAUGAAAGACUUCUUUUGGUCUUUGGUUGGUGUUUACACACGAAUCAUUUACAAUUAAUAAUCCCUUUUCCCUUCGUUUUGUUAAUGUAUUCAUAGUUUCCGUCUGAUCAUGCUUACUGUAUUAUACUAUGUUAGUGCAAUAUUCCUGUUUUCUUUAUUUAUUGUACUCAAAUGUGGAGUUAAAUGCCUUAUGAUUUUGUGCAUAGUUGGUUUUAAUCUGGUAAGCAAUCAAUAUAUUUUUAUUGAAAAACUUUGUGGGAAUGACUGCGGUGUUUGAUGUGAACCAAAGUUAAUACUUUCAUAGUCUAUUUUGACUAUAAAUGAUGUAUGACUUACAAUUAACAAAAAAAUAAUUUCUGCUUAUCAUGAUUGAAAUAUAUUUUGUUUGAGCUUGUGGCUUUCAUCUUAUUUCACCCUUUGAUUCAAAUUUUCAUAUAUUUGGUCAGCAAUAUACUUACUGAACAUUCCAAACUAAAGUUUACUACGUAAAACUUUGGAAUAUCGAAUAUAAAUGUUAAUAAGUAUUAGUUAUCAUAAUCCUUACAUUUGUUAAAGCCGAUUUUACUAUUAAAAGUGUAUAACGUUACCAUUUAAAAUAACAACUACAUGCUUCUCAUGGUAGUUACUGUGGGAAACUGUGACACCCAUCAUUUAGUUUCUCUCAAUUCAAGCAUUCCUGUUAUAGAUGUUUUUUACAUUCCCAUAGAAUAACACACUUGAAAUGGAAGUGUAUGUGUGUGUGAAUUGUUUGUUUGUUCCACUGUUUGUGAUACCUUACUGGAAAAUUUGAUGCAUACCGGUAUUGAAAAGAUUGUGUUAACAUAUGAUUGUUUGUUUAUGUAUUAAAAUGAUACGAAUGGAU